GAGUAGAAUUUCUCGCUUAGCCUCUUCCUCUCUGUUAGAAAGCAACUGUGAACACGCUAGCUCAGUUGUUUUAUUUAGAUUUUAUUGAAACACUCGCAAAUAUGUCCGGAAGAGAAGGUGGUAAAAAGAAGCCCUUAAAAUCUGCCAAAAAAGCGACUAAGGAGAUGGAUGAUGAUGAAAUGGCCUUCAAACAGAAGCAGAAAGAAGACCAGAAAGCCUUGGAUGCAUUGAAGACGAAAGCAGCAGGAAAGGGACCAUUAACUGGUGGAGGAAUCAAGAAGUCUGGAAAGAAGUGAUUAUACAUUUGAAAACCAUGUACUCAUUUGUUGCUGAAUCGCAGCCCCCUGUCAAAUCCAACCCCUGCUACCCCCCCCCCCCCUUUAUUUUGUCCCGUUUGAGUCCAUUGUAGAAAGAGGAAAAACAUGUAAUGACCUUUUUUGAAUGUGUUCUUGUCAAGAAAGUUCUGAAAUAAACUAUUGUAACUACUGCAGUAUUAUCACUCAAUCUAUAUUGAGAUUCUGUCAAGAAACACAUCCGUAUUAGAUCAGUAGCUACACUAGACAUACAUACAGUACUAAUAUGACUAGUAUUGUGGUAAGUUCAAUGUAACUUUUCCCAAGCUUGACCAUCUGCAUCUUCAGCACCAGUUUCUAUAAAUUCAGCUUCUCUGGUUGGAUAAGGCUUCUUCUCCAGCUCCAUCACCUCUUCACUCACUUCCUCUGUUCAUGUACAGGGUUCUAUUUCCCAGUCCGCAAACCUGAAAAUGAGUGAAUCUUAUCUACAAUUUUUUUGGUGCAUUUUUCUACAUAGUUUUUUGUGUGUGUGGAGUGAUAUUUGUGAAGAUGUUGCUGUUUUGUUCUGUGUUUAAUACCUCGUUUUGACAAUUUUCUUUAAGAGGAAAGUUUGGGAGAUUCAGAAUAAAGAUGCUGCUUACUCUGUU